CCUGAGUGGGAAAUUAUUGGCAGUUCUGCCAAGGACAUUGCCUUUGACGAGUUUCCUGUAGAUGAUGUAGAGCCACCAUCGUGGGCAGCUCGACUUUGCGCCCACAAAGGCAACAUAGUCAAAUCUGCCAGCAAGACUGUGGCGAAGCCAUCUCACAAGAGUGACGGCAAAGUCGUCGCUUCCAGCCCAGAAACUCGCCUCGCUGUGGCAGUUCAGGUGCACCUUGAGGACGACGAUGCUUGCGACUUUCUGGAUGCCAAGCAGCUGGCUCGUGAAUCUCACGGCCGCCAGACUGGCAAGGGUGGAAGUCACACAAUGCGUUCCAGAGGACACUGUCCGGUUCAGAAAAAUUCGAACGUGUCAGUGGUGACCGCUGGAGAUGCUGAUCCACAAGAUGUCUUGCAACUGGCCAAUGUCCUGCGGCAAGUGCCCGUGCGCGAGGUAGUGAAGCAGACUGGUGGGACUUGCCAGGAAGUCAAGACUCGGGAAGGCAGACAGGCAAACCUCACAGGUACCAAGAUGUACGACGUCACAGUUCCAAUGGAGGGUCCUGAAGAUGAUGUGGACGUCACCUACCGAGUGAUAGAAGACGCCCGAGGGGGCACCAUCAGAACAACUCGCACUCCGAAGUGCGCCAAAGAUGGCAUUGACCCAACCUCCCGGAGCAGAAUGCCAGAGAGUCCGCAGACCAGAAAGCAGCAGACCUGCAAGAAGGACAUCCAGGAAGGUAUGAAGAUCAUGGGCUUCGCUUGA